AUGAGGGUGACGCUGCCCCAACUCGAGAAGUUGUCGCAGCACGACCUUGCGAGGGUGCAAGAGGCAGUGCAGGCGCUGAAGCAUGGCGUGGAGGAGGAGGCGGUCAACUUGAAGCAGCUCAAGAGGGCGGUGGAAGUGCUGGAGGAGUAUGGCUUUGAAGAGGAAGUGAACCUCAAGAAGCUGUCUGAAAACUUAGGAGCACUGCUCUUGUUAGCACCAGAGCCGCCCCCACGUAUGACAUCCAAGGAGGGCGUGACUGCGACGAUGAGGGAGCGCCAAAGGCGCCACCCUACCACAUGGGCCCUCACAAUGAGCCAGUGGUUCGAUGUCUUGACGCACGUCAGCGGCACGAGGCUCUAUACCGAGCUAUCCGAAAAACAGAAGCACUACGUCUCCAUGUACGAUGUCAAUGAGCACUUUGUUAAACGCUGGACAUGUGGGAGUGGCUGUGGUUUGUCUGUGCUAAUGACACCGGACAACUCUGCAGAUGCGACUCUCAUGCUCUCCCACGCAUGGGCUGAAGACAUGGAGCAGUUGAAGGCCGCUGUAGAGACAAGCCUUGAACAGAGGGGCCUCCUGGAGAGUCUACAUGAGAUCCGCGUGUGGUUUUGCGUCUUCGCAAACUAUCAGCCUGAGGACGCAGCAGGCCCCAGCAUCCAGGAGCAGCUGGAGCUCAUGCCUUUCAAGAGAGUGAUCGAAUGUGAGGCCGUGAAGUUGGGACAUGGACUCUGCGCCGUCCACACGUCCAAGGCCGACCUUUACACGCGCCUCUGGUGUGUCCACGAGGUCGCGGAGGCGAAAGAGACGCAGGUGCCGAUCUUCUCUGCCAUGUCUGAGGAGUAUGCCGCUGCCAUCGUCCAGCGCAUGAGAAGCCUCUUUGUCUACGGAUGUGACGACAUGGAGUGCCUCCGGGGUACCGGCAUCCUUUGCAACAGCAGCGCAGCUCGAAGUAGCCGCGCCGAGGACGAGCGAGACCUCAUCUCUGCCAUCAAGGCUCGGAAUCGUGGUGGCUUCGCCGCGCUUGAUGAGGCGGUCCUGCAGUUUCGGCUACACCACCUGCCGCCGAUGGUAGAGGCCAUGGUGUUCUUUGCACGUCUUCGGAAUCGUGGAAUCUCUGCGGAGGAGAGGAGGACAGUGUUGCAGGGCAGGGAGAAGCUUGCCACAGGGAUGCUGGCUCUUCAGCAGGCGGAGGUUAGUGGAGACUUGCUCUGCAGCGUCAUCGCAAUCAUCAUUGCUCAGCUCGAGGAUCCAGCCAAGGAUGUUCGCAACGCAGCGCCCGCAGCCUUGGCGGCAGUUGCCAGCAAGGUCAGCGAGGCUGACGUAGUUGGGGUCGUCAUUCCUGCUGUCCAGACCAAGCUCUCGGAUCGUGCGGAUGCCCGCAUGGCAGCUCUCCUGGCCUUGCCCGCGAUUGCCCGGGAGGUCAGCGCAACGGAGGUGCUUGCGGCGAUCAUUCGAGCUAUCAAGCCCACGCUGGGAGAUGAGUUUAGACCUCUCCACUUGACAGCCCUGGCGGCCCUAGCUUCUGUUGCAAGCAAAGUCAGUAGAGCAGAUGGAGCAGCUGAUGAAAUGCUGGCUCUCAUUCCCAGCAUCACGGCGAAGCUCGGGGAUGAGCAGCACCUUGUUCGCAGAAAAGCUCUUGAGGCGCUGGCUGCAGCCGCAGGCAGUGCCAGCACCAGAGAUGUACUGAGCACCAUCAUCCCAGCCAUCCAGGCCAAGCUGGAGGAUGAGCGUGAGGAGGUCAUCACAGCGGCGCUUGGAGCCUUGGCUUCGGUUGCAGUCCAAGGUGACGCAGGUGUGAUGGCGGCCAUCCUUCCGGCUGUGACGAGUCAGCUCGCGUCUUCAGAGUGGUCUGUCCGCGAGGCGUCUCUUAAGGCCUUGGCAGCAGUUGCCAGAGUUGGGGCAGAUGCAAUCACAGACACCGCUCUCGAGAGCAUCGAGAGCAAGCUCCAAGACGAGUACAGCAACGUCCGCAGAGAAGCUGUCAAGGCCUUGGCGGCAAUAGGCAUCAGCCUCAAGGCUAGCGAGGCUGAGGCAAUUGCUUCCAUUAUUUCAAUUAUCCAGAGGGCGCUCCAGGACAAUGAUGAUGAUCCAGAUGUCCGCAACGCAGCUGUCGAUGCGUUGGCGGCAAUCGAACCCAGCGUAGCCGAGGGUGAUCCAUCUUGA